AUGCACUCUGUUCGCGAUGGUGUCAUCUUCUGCGCCUCGGUCUUCUGCCUGCUGGUUCAUGUGGCACUUCUCGUGAGCAGUGGCACACUGUCACGCUUCGCCGGCGGGCUGUAUGCACUCCUGCGUCGGCUGCGAUGCGCAGUGAGGCCGAGGGACUCGACAAAGCAGACACAGACACGAGAGGACCUGAUCGCGCUGAAGGUGGCAGACCUCGUCAUGUCUCGGCGGGCUGACUACGCCCGCGUCUUUAUCCAUCCCUUUUCCCUGAUAUGCGUUAUACAUUUCGUGUUCAUGGCGAUGAAUUUUGUUUCGGACCGCGAGCGAAAGCAGUACAUCCCAGCCGACGCCGUCUUCGUCGCCUUGUAUCUGACCAUGCUGUUUCUGCUGCGCAAGCCCUGCUCGAUCACGCCCUCGACCGUCCAGCUCUGGGGCUCGUGGGGCAUGCUGCUGGUCUCGGUGGGCGCCUCGCCGUGGGGCACCCCGAGCGACAGGCUGUACUUCUUGUCCACCACCGCGGGCGUCGUCCGGCUCGGCAUCGGCCUGUGCAUGCUGAACCUGCCCGCGCUCCUGUUCUGGAACGCCGUCUAUCCGCACCCUGGGCGCCCACUGGAUGAGCCAGUCCAGUGA